AUGGACGCUCCCAAGACAGCCGCCCCUCGCGCCCCCAUGGUCGACUACGACUCCGACUCGGGCUCCGACGCGACGAGCGCCAGCGACGAGGCCACGCCGACGACCUCGACGGCCGCCACGCCCGUCGAGUGGCUCGCCACAGGCCGCGCCAAGCGCUCGACGGCCGGCAACCGGAUGAAGUCGAUGCUGGCCCACGAAGACCCGGACUCGGAUCUCGAGCUGCUCUUCGCCGAGGACGACGACGACGCCGGCUUCACCGACGUCGAGGACGGCGGGUCCGACGUGCACAUGGACUCGUCGUCCGACUCGGAGGACGACGCACCGCCAAACGGCGCCGCCGCCGCCGACCAAGACCUCGCCGGCGAGCAGGAGCUCGAGAGGCAGGCCAAGGAGCACCGCGCCGCCCAGCGGCGGAAGCGCAAGGCCAACGACGCCAUACCCGCCAAGUUUCGCAAAAAGGUCCGCAUCCGCAGCGACAGGCCGCCUGCCGUGGACUCGACGACGACGACGGCGGGCGCCUCGGCGAGCCCGGCGGUGGCGGCUCCGCGGCCCAAGAAAAAGUCGGAGCGCACGAGCUGGCUGCCCACUAUGACGGACAUGCCGACGCGCGCGUCGGCGCGGCAGACGACGGUGCUCAGCAAGGAGCAGCUGCACAACCAGAUGGUCGAGAGGGAGGCGAAGCGGCUGAAGCAGGUGGCCGCCAUGGAGAAGAAGGCCAAGAGGCUCGCGGCGCUGAAGAAACCCCCCAUGACCCAGGCGGAGCGCCUCGCCGAGGCGGCCCUCGUCGAGAAGAGAAACGCAAAGAGCCUGAACCGCUGGGAGGAGGCCGAGAAGGCGAGGGAGGCCGAGCGCGCGGCCAAGCUGGCGGCCCUCAACAACCGCACCCUCCAGGGGCCCGUCAUCACGUUCUGGAGCGGCAUGGGCGAGUGGGAGGGCGACGCGAACGGCGGCAAGACGGUCACCAUGGAGGAGAAGCAGCCUCGGAAGAAGAGAGAGAAAAAGGAGAAGCCGGAGAAGGGCAAGGCCAAGGCUGACAAGAAGGGAGGUGCCGCACCCGAGACGGACGCCGCGACACCCGCCCUGGGGGGCACGCCAGCGACAGCACCGGCAACAGGUACGGGGACGGAGGCCAAGCCAGGAGUCGACUCGAUGCUGUCGACACCAGCAACAACAUCGCCAAACACGCCCAUCUCGGCGGUGGACCCGGGGCUGGCGAAACUACCUGAGAGCUCUAUGCCUCCACUCAAAGUAGAAGAUGCACCGAGCCCGGCACCGCCGUCAGCUGCGCCUGAACAACCAUCUCUGACCCUCGAGCCGGCACCAGCGGCACUGGCACCGCCAGCACCGGCACCAGCAGCACCGCCUACGGAUCCUGAGCCCGGACCUGUGGCCCCUCCGACCAUCUCACCAUCGCCACAGGGCCCCUCUCCUCUGGCUCUUCCCGCCCCUCCUCCUCCUCCUCCUGCCGCCGCUGCUGCUGCUCCUCUUUCUGCUCCCGCUGUAGUUUCUCCUCUUACUCCUCCUGCACCACCACAAUCUGGUCUCAAGGCCCCCGUUCUCGCGCCGCCUGUCCUGGCACCACCUCUCGGUGGCAUCCAUCUCAGCAGCUCCGGUAUGAACCCCAGAUCAAACGUGCUCGCUCCGCCAAACACAACACAAAGGCCAUCGCCCCUGUCCCUGCCACCAACAACGCCAGGCCAGUCGUCACACAACUCCAUGCCGGCAGUCUCUCAAGCGGGACAGCUCCCGUCUAAGCCGCCUCAGCAGAUCCAACCCGCUCCGGCUCCUUCACAGACACAGCUGCAGCCAUUGCAACCACUGGCACCUGCCGUCCAGCCUCCACCUCUCCAAACACAACUUGAGCCCCAACCCGGCAAAGGAGGCGUGCCCACGCAGCAACCUGCUGCCGCCUCCCAGACAAACGAAACCACACCGGCAUCGUCAACCCUUCCUACACCGUCCGACCCUCACGCACCCCGAGCGUCGGCACAGCCAGCACCAGCGCCAGCAGCCCCCCAGAAGACGACCCGCCACGCCAUCAUCCUCCAGAACUUUGCCGAGCCCCUCAUCGCCAACAAGGCCACCCAGUCACGCGUCCUCUUCGGCCCCCACCGCAAGCUCGCCAAGCUCGCCAAGCCCCCCGCCGCGCCGCUCUGCGCCAUCACGAACCACCCGGCCCGCUACCGCGACCCGUACACCGGCCUGCCGUACUUCAACGCCUACGCAUACCGCGAGAUCCAGCGCCUGCGCCGCGGCGAGUACCGCUUCAGCGCCCUCGUCGGCGCCUGGGUCGGCAGCUGCACCUACGCCGCCAAGGGCGUGCCCGUCGCGUUUCUCGGCGGGCCGGAGGCGCGAGCCAAGGAGAAGGAGCUCGAGAAGGAGGCCGAAGAAAAGAAGAAGAAGCAGCAGCAGCAGAUGGAGGAAGCGGAGGCCAAGGAAAAGGAGAAGCUCAGAGAGGCAGAGGAAGCAGAGCAAAGGCAGAGACAGCAGCAGCAGCAGCAGCAGGAGCAGAGCGAGGCAGCAGAACAGGUCCGUCCAGCAACGACGGGCGAGAGGCACCCAGACGGCGCCGUCGUCGCUGUCGCCGAGGCCGAGAACGCUGCACCACAGACGACGGACGGGAUGGACGUCGACGUGCCCGCCCCGGUCCCAGCCGCCCGGCCACAGCAGCAGCCGCAACAGCUCGCUGCCGGCACGGCGUCGACGGCGCCGCCCCCGUCCGCGCCGAGCGCGCCGUCCGCUGAGACCCCGGCUCCCGCUGCUGCCGUGCCCUCUGUGGCGCCUCCGCCUGCUGAGCAGGGCGCUCCGGCGCCUGCGGCGGUGUGA